AUGAGAGCCGUGCUUCUCAUCUGCCCAAUUAAUAAAAGUCGACUCCAAGGAAUGGCGGAGGACGACACUGUCAGCCGUUCUAGUACCGGUUCUGCAGCUGAAACCAACCCGAUGUCUCGUCAUGUUCUACUCUCUCGCUUAGCAGAGCAGUUCCAAGUGGCGUCGCCGCCAUCACAACGCUUUCCCUCACCAGAAAGGAGUGUCUCUCCCCAAUCGCCCGCUUCUACCAAGUCUCCACCCUUAUCCCCAGACUCACUGUCCCAUAAUCGCCUAGAUAUGUUACGACUUGGUGAUAUAGAAAUUGCUGGAAGAGCUCUCAAGCAAUACGCAAGAGCCACAGAACUAGGCGCUUUGAUGUACUGCAGCGGCCUGGGUGCUCUAUAUGGAGGAGCUGGAGUCUGGCCACUUCUCCUGCCAAGAACGUCACCACAUUUCAAUCCAUCCCUCGAGCACAUGAGACAAACACCACCCCGCGAUGACGACGAAGAAGAGUUGCCUUUGAAUUUAUCGACGAAAAAUCGCCAAAUAUGGUCCCCGGGAAGCGCUUGCGAACGCGACCAAGAUCGGGACACAGAUUCGUCGAUCGGGAAAUGGGAUGGACAGGAAGACAUCGACGCACCUCUCGAGUUGGUGAAGAGAUGUCGUAGCAGUCCUGAUGAAGAAUGCAUAUCCAGUUCAGACACCCGAAAUUGUCAAUCCACACCGGGGUAUCAAGCGUACCAACAGGCGCCGUCAUCAGAUAUCAACUUCUCGCUACUACUCAAAAACGAAAACAGAAAUGAAAAAUCAUUUCAGUGUAAGCAAUGCGGCAAAUGCUUCAAGCGGAGCAGUACCCUGUCUACUCAUCUUUUGAUCCAUUCUGACACCAGGCCCUAUCCUUGCCAGUACUGCGGGAAGAGAUUCCACCAGAAGUCGGACAUGAAGAAACAUACCUAUAUACAUACGGGAGAGAAACCUCACAAAUGCGUGGUUUGUUCAAAAGCGUUCAGCCAGAGCUCGAAUCUUAUCACACACAUGCGUAAACACACAGGCUACAAGCCCUUCUCCUGUGGACUGUGUGAUAAAGCAUUUCAACGCAAAGUUGAUCUCCGUCGUCACAGGGACUCGCAACAUUCUGAUGCUGUGGAACCUCUGUCAAGUAAUCCUAUAUCAACAGCUAGUUGCUUUAGAUACUACAAUGAAGAUACUACCCCCAUUGCGCCCGUUGUUAAGAAUUAA